UUUUGUUAUCACUUGGACUGCAUCGUGUUUUGUGUGCGAGCUGGAAACAUGUCUUUCAAGGAUGUGCGAGAUCUCUCUGACCACCUUAAACUGCUUGGCUAUCCCAACAACUUCCCCCUUUCAUCGCUUUACACAAACUACGGUGGCUUGAAUAGUUUUAAAGUGGUGGCGGAUGUUUUACAAUGGCUUGUAGGUCGUCUAGAGCCUGGAGCUACCAUUCCUGGAAGCACUAAAAAUGAAACAGAUCGAAUCCUUUUGAUCCGCUCAGCAACCGAAUUCUUUGUUACGAAGACUGGAGUGAAAGUAAAUCCGAGAAAGCUCUAUGCCAGUUCUUCGGCUGCAGCUAAAGAGCUCCAGAAAAUUACUAGCCUGCUGAUAACUACUCCUUCAGCUGAAGAUGAGCAAAAUGAUGAGAACCUAAGAAGCCUGGCACCAAUUGAUUUGGGGGAUAAAAUUGACGAAUUGCGUCGAGCUCGAGAACUUUCAUCGGAAUUGACUAACCGUGGAGCUGCGUUGUAUGAUUUGCUCUCAAAGGAAAUGGUUAAUAAGGAAACCCGAAGCAUUCAAUCAUCACGUAUCAUGGAGAUUUCAGCGGUGGAAAAGGCAUUGCGAAACGCCAUAUCUUCAGCACAGCUCAAGCUUCAGUCAGCAAAAACUCAACUGGAAACAUCAAGGGUUGAAAAACAGGCAGCAAGUUCGAAACUUCAACGUAAGAAGGCCGAGCUUGAGCGGUCCAAACAGCGUUUGGAUGCUCUUCAAAAAAUCCGUCCUGCUCAUAUGAAAGAGUAUGAAGAAUUGGAAGAAGAACUACGCGGUCUAUUCCAGCAAUAUUUCUUAAGAGUUCGUUGCCGGGAUGCUCUUAAAUCCCAACUAAAUUCCAGGAUAAAAAGUCCUACGCCUAUAGCUACUCCUGUUAUCAAAGCGACCGAGAACUCGAUCACCUUCAUCCCUGAAGGACUUAUCGAUGAUGAUGACGAAGAUGAUGAUCUUGAUGAAAUCGAUGAUGAUGACAUGACUAUAUCUGGGAUGAUGGGUCGCGAUGAACCACCAGGGGCUAAAGAAAAAGAUCUGGGGGUAGGACCUAAACCGGAAGAAAAACGAGAAGUACGAGUCAGACCUACCACAGGCCGCUUGAAACCGCGCACUGGUACUACAGUUGGGAGGCAUAAGAUUAUUGGAAGUAUGCUGGGUGAUCCAGAUGAUGAUAUCUUGGACAGCAGCUUAGGAAGCGGGAAUUCUGAUAGUGAGAUCGAGCUGGGUGGGAAUGAAUUUGGAUUGAACUCAGAUGAUGACAUAAGCUUGUCUAAGCUUACUGGAGAAGUUGCUCCAAAACCACCACCAAAAAAUGAUCAUAGUGACGAAGAUUUCUAGAAAGGAGAGUGAAAUAUUAGCACGUUAUCUCAAAACCACGUAUUUGAAGCUACAGAGAAAAUUGAAUUUGA